CCUGUUUUUGUUUUAGUGUUUUGUUUUUCUUUUUUAAUGAAAUUUUAGUGUAUUCUAAUGAUUGAUUAUGUAAGAGUAUGUUUAAAUUGAUGAAAUAGGAUAGUCAAUUUUCCUUUAUUCAUUAAAAAAACAUAAACCACUUGAAGUUAGUUUCUGGGACUAUCUAGCAAGCGACCCUAAUUAGGAAGGUAACAGAAAAUCAAGCGAUAAAUUAGGAAGAGAAUAACAGAAGAAAAGUGAGGACUUGAGAACAAGUAAGAGAAACAAAAAAUGGCUUCGCCAAAAUCAAGGAUAAUUUUCCGUAUCAUGACGCUUACUCUCUUGCUUCUCCUUCUCUUCUACAUUGGUCGCCCUCUCUAUUGGAAAAUCUCCGCCACCGUCCACGAUAUCCGCAACAACAAACAAACUGUUAGACAAGGUUUUUCCCAAAUCGUUAUUGAGGCUCAGAAAUCCGUCGGUUGGUAUCCCCAUGACUCCGAUUCACUGCCCCGUUCUAACUCUAGAAAGCUUCUUCACAUUCACACUGAUUUUUCCAGAGUUGUUGGUUAGAUUUUGUAAUUUAUAUCAUUAUUAUUGUUAUUAUUUUUAGGGGUUUUUUUGUUCUUACGUACAUUUUGUCUUUUUUAAAUCCUAUUAAUUAAAUUACAAAACAAUUGUGGGAUGGGAGCGUUGAACUUCUUAUGCAUUUUAAACUUUUUUGCUUUUUCCUUUUAUUUUGAAGUGGUUAAUUAUUUUAUGUAUAUAUGUCAAUGGAUCCUUCAUGAAGAAGAAUGAUGUUAAUUUUAUGAGCUCUAAGUGUGAAGUUUGAAUUUUGUAAUGAAUCAAUGAAAAACUAAAUUGGUUCAAUUGUGUAGCUUGUAUUC